UCUCUCUCUCUCUCUCUCUCUCUCUCUCUCUCUCUCUCUCUCUCCAGUUUCUUUGUCCCUUGAGGGAGUAGCAGCUCUUAUCUUUAGCUCCACAGUACAUUGUCUCCUCCAGGAUUCCAGACAGGGCGACACUCCCCUACCCCGACAGUAUGGAGAAUGGUCAGCAGUAUAGAAGUCAGUAUGGAUCCCCCCAGCAUAUCCCAGCUCCCUCCUACCCCGGCCCCCCAGCGGCCUACGGCGUACAGGGAGGUGACAAGGGUGGAGCCUACCCCCCUCAGCCUGGCUUCCAGGGAGGUCCCCAACCCAGCAUGUACCCACCACCUCCCCAAUACGACAUGGGCAUGGCACAACCUACAAAUCCCCCUGGGGUAACCAAGGUGGUGGUGAUGCAGCAGCCGCUGCCUAGAGACGUACCCGGCCAGAUGACGUGUCCCCACUGUCAGGUCCAGGUUCUGACAGAGACCACACACACCACUGGACUGCUCACCUGGCUCAUCUGUGGAGUCCUCUUCUGCUUCCUGUGCAUGAUAUUCUCUUGCAUUCCGUUCUGUGUUGACUCCUGUAAGGACGUAGAACACCGCUGCCCCAACUGCAAGACAGUGAUCUACAUCCACAAACGCAUGUGAACAGACCUAGACCAGACACCUGCCACAAAGUGAUGCACACGCACAACUAGCCCAACCCCGGCCCACAGACACUUCUGCCACAAAGUGAUUCUUACCUAUAUUAAUCUAUUCCAGUAGUGUUGAUCCUCUUAGGGAAACUGCAAACCCAGUUUAAUGCACCAGGAUUGGAAAGACAAUGGGCUACUGUCUGUCGCUGAAAUCACUACUGCAGUACCAGCUUUUCAUCUACUGGGAAUGUGUGACAGGGUAUUAUUAUAGUCAUAAUUUAUUAUAUCGUAAAAAUUCAUGAAAACAAAAUGUGCUUCUUGGUCUUCAUUUCAGGUUAAGGUUAGGUAUUAUGGUCAGCAGUGUGGUUAUAUUUGAUGACUUUGUGGCUGUGCCAGCUAGUGACCCCUCCACAGAGCUGCCUCCAGGGCAAGAUUCAUGACAAUAAAUGCCAACCUGCCCCUAAUUAGGGGGAACAGGUUAAAGAGUAGACAGCCAUACAAAUGUACGUGCAAAGACCACGUUUAAUAGGUUUUUAUACUAAUUGUAAUGACGUUUUUCAAUUAAAACAGAUUGUAUUGUUCUUUGCAAUGAAUAAAGGUCAAGUUUAUUGA